CACUGGGUUGUCUAGAAAAAUGUCGUAUGUACUCAACGCUUCAUUUCCGCUACCAUCCGGGCCGGAAAUCGGCAGCAGUGCGGACUUUUCCGUGUAAAAAGUAAUCAGUAAGCAAGAUCUCGAGAAAAGACCGGAAUGGUCCUUAUAAAGGAUCUAUUUGUAAUCAAGAACCACAGCAGUACCUGCAGACUUGUUUCUAAGAUAUGAAAGCUGUUCUGAUAACCAUUUGCCUACUGCAACUGUAUUUACAAGCUCUGAACAGCCUGCCAGCCCCUGUGAAUUUAAGUAUCCAUUCAAUGAAUUUUGAACACCUUCUCCGAUGGGAACCAGGGCCAGGCACUCCCCUUGAUGCCAUGUAUAGAAUAAGUUUCAACGGCAGUGAGGGGUACCUUCCCCUCACCAGUAAUACAGAGAUGAACCUGACAGACUAUCUGGAGGACAUCUAUUUGCAGUAUGAGAUUAUGGUCCAGGCGCUCCACAAUGGGAUGGUGUCUCCCUGGAGCUCCAGGACCUUUACACCCUGGACUGACACUGUUCUUGGACCCCCUGAGUUGUCUGUGGUGGGCUGUGGCAAUUGUCUUCAACUGGCCAUAAGAUUCCCUGGAAGAAAAGAAAAAGGUCUAGCUGAUAUUAUAUACAAUGCACUCAGAUUUACAAUUUUUCUUAAUAAAUCAGGAGAACAACAGCAUAUUGAGGCCAGGACCUCACAAUGGAAUUACACACUCAGUGACCUGCAGCCUAGAGCCGAGUACUGUGUGCAAGUUCACCCGUCACUGAGCUCCAAGAAGUAUUUGCCUUCUGGUUGGACAUGUGCAUUUACGAGCCCCGUUGCUCAGAUCAGAGUUCCAGGUCUCUUGGUGCUAUUAGCCAUAGUGCUGUUUCUGGGAGGAAUUGUUUUCCUAGGCCUCAUCUACACUGGUUACCUCUGUAACCUGAAAAUUCACCGUCCCAGGGUCCUGACCUCCCUGCCGAAGGCCUACUUUAUGGAAGAUUCUAUAGUACUAUUCCCAGACCCUGUAAGAUUUGAAAUAGGAAGGCCAAUGAAAAGCAUAACAAAAGAGCUGCAUCCAUUUAAAGAGUGCUAUCAGGAGAAGAUGGAACAGAGAAAUCAUUAUGAGGAACGAACUAUGAGACUCUCCAGUAUAUCAAGCUCCAGCAAUGUGUCUCACUGUGCAGAUUUCAAGACCACCAUUGCUCCACAGUAUACUGGUGCCUCAAGUACAACAGUGUCAGAAAUACAAGAAGCUCCUCUGCUCUCAGUACCCUCAGUAGAAGGAGAGCUUGUGGAUGAAAAUGAGGGUUGCAUGGAGGCCAUGCCUACUAGUAUGCACUCAGGUUCUGAGACACUUGAGAAUGAUAUGGAGGAGGAGCUAGCGCAAGGCUGUACAGAUGUGAACCUGCUAUCUGUGACACUGGGAGCAUUAGAAGAGAAUUUCGACAGUGAGCAGACAGAGAGCAUCCUGAAUGAGAGACACUUAGUGAUCAUUCCUGACAUGCAUCCGCCCUUUGUGUCCAUCGGCCUCCCAGAGAGUUUGCUGGGACAGCGCUCCAAGGUGCCACAGAGGAACACUUCAGUAACACAAGGGCACUGUGGGCAUGUUCUCACUGACUGCUCGCUAACAACCUUUGCAAAAGGGUACAUCAGAUCUACACAAGAGACAGAGGAAGGUGAGGGGACAAAUGAGGAUGACGAUGGGAAAUGUUCAGGCUACAUGCAACGGUAGCUUUUAAGGCACAAGCAGUACAUGCAGCCAUGGGUGUUGCCUUCAAACAACUGAAUGAGAUGUAAACAUUUGUUUAUGUACCUGCCUUACAUUAUUUGAUAACUGAAAAAACAUUUGUUCGCCAAAAAAAUAUCUGCAUGUAUAAGAGUUUCUACAGAAUGCAUCGCGCUUAUGCAACCAUGCUUUAGGACCCAUGCGUAGCUGAUGAAGAACUGAUCAGAACACCAAAAACUCACAUUUAGUAUAAAAAGUAUACAAUUUAGGGGCUACUGUGUAACCCCGCAUGGUUUAGCAACAGUCAGUGUGGCCUCGUCGGCUCUGCUGAUCCUGAGCAUUAGAUAUAGCAAUGUAGACUUCAGGUGCAAAUAAAAAAUGAUUGACCCCAGUAUUAGAAAAUCCAAAACAUCCUGAUCAGUAAUGAAAUGCAACACCUAAGCUUAAUGCAACACUUUUAUUUAUUUAAAGUGUAUUGAAGUUAUGACAACAUGAUUACUUGUUUACAGAGAAUAACUGAAUAACAAAUUGUCUCAGUCAAGUAUAUUUUAAAAUCUUUCUGGAAUACCCCAUAAUGCAUUGUGAAAUUGGUUUACAUGUGGAAAAAAACCAUUCUGACUGCAUCCUCAGGUUUCUAUCGGUAGUGUACGGUAGUUCCACAGUUUAUACUGUAAAAAAUGUUUAACUUAAAAUUGUUACUGCUCAACCAUAAUAUUUUAAGAUAAUUAUCAGAUUGCAGCAACAUAUUAGCAAGAUAUAGUAUUUUGACAAUAAAUGAAACAAGCCAACA